AUGGCCAUGGAAGCAGACAGGAGCAAGCCCUUUUGCACGCAGCCGUCGGAGUUCGGAUAUACCUUCUAUGACGGAGGACAAAGCUUCAACUACACCGACAUUCACUGUACGCAUCUUUGCCACGAAGCAGGCGGCAUGAAUAAGGCCUGCAUGAACGAGGCAGAGAUGAGUAUGGACUCACCGUCUGGGACUUUCAUCCCCACCUUCUUUUCGGACGUCAUGAUGCACAGCCUGCACGACACUGCAGAGCCCAGUUAUCACUAUGUGCCCGGCAUUGAGAGCAUGAAGCUGGCCUUCAGUCACAACUACUACGCAGUCCGGCCAGACGACCUCAUUGGUGGACCUAGGGAGACCUUGGUCGGCAGCAGCGACGGUGCUGCCACUUCGGGUGCUCCUGUGACGACCGUGCUCCUGAACCAUUCUGGGACCAUCCUCAAGCGCUUUGAGCCCGGAGAGAGGAUCAGCCUCACGGUGGAAGAGGUGCUGAUGGCCGGCCAGGCCGAGGAGUUUGGAGAUGAUGACUCCAGGCUUUUACUCGAUGGCCGAUACUACAACUUUGAAGAGAGAGUGAUGCGAAGCAACACGCCCAGCGGCCCCCAGGGGCCAACGUUGCGGUUGACCGGCGCUGACGUGACCAUCAAAAUCACCUACACGAACAAGGGCUACUGCCGCAUGGAGAAGGAUUCGCCCAGACUCUGGGUGUCAGGCACUUCGAACUCUCAAGUCGCAUGCGUUACCGUCCGAGCCAAGAGGGGCUGGACACAGAAAGUGCGAAAUGCAGUCUUCAACGACGCAGGAGCCUUCUGGACCAGAACAUACAAUGGCCUCAAGAUCUCCUUCGAGAGCACCGGGGUCUUCUCAUCCUUCGACUCCUUCGCGCUCUUCGAGAGUCUCACCAUCCUCUUCAUCUGGCUGCAAGUUCCGUCGCUGGUCAUCUACGUCAUGGCGGCGUUCAUGCUGGGCACCCUGUCCAAGGUCUAUUCCAGCGUGAUGCACGAACAGCGCGGCUUGAUCGGAACGACGGCAGGCAUCGCUGCGCGCCUGCUGAAUUAUAGCUCCACGUACAACGACCUUCGUGAUGAUCAGGGCGUGACCAAGCAGCGCAUGUUGCGCCGCUUCAACUACAUCCUGGCGCAUGAAGAAGACCUGGAUGCGAACGAGCGGGAGAAGUUCGUGGACUUUGUCUACAAAAGCAUUCUGUCAAGCGGUGGCAUGGAUGCGCAGACCUCCCACGCCGAUAUGCUGUCCUUCUGCACGGCCUGUUCCAGUGGCGAGCCCCUUAGCUUCGAGAUCCUCCAAGCAUUCUUCAACCGCAAGAAGCGAGUGGGCUUGGUCGAACGGUGCUUCCAGGAUUCCAGCAUCUCCGCAAUCCAGAGCGUGAGCCAGUCCCAGCUGAACAUUCAGGAUGAAGGCACCGAAGACGAGCCCCUGAAGGAUGCUGCCGCUCCGGUGGGACCUGCAGGCCAAUCUGGCAGCGGGUCUCGACUUGGCAACAUUCACGAAGAGAACACCCGAAUGCAAGAACGCUGUGCCGAAGUCACCGAAAGCUUGAAGGAGACCCUGAAGGUGGCCAGGGCCUCGGCUGGGGCAGAGUGGGAACAAGAUGGCGACAUUCUCCCGAACAGUGUCGUCAGCGACGCCCACAACAAGACGUGGUCAAAUACCUUUGGAGAAUUCUCGCUUUGCUUGCUGGUUCAACAGGCAGGGUGGUGGAGAGCCCCUCGGGCCGAGAAGGGUCGCGACAAAACGCUCAAGUCAGGAAGGCCCGGUGGGUUGACUCAGACGCAGGGGGCGUGCAACCUCGGACGUGCGGGGAGCUGGGAGGAGGGAGAAGGCGACGGAGACACGGAGCAUGCCGGCGAGUGGCAGCUGAAACUUUCCCGCGAGCCAAGCCAGGAUCCACAGCCGAAGCUUUGGGGAUCCGACUUCGGCUCGGAGAGCAACCUGUCCCCGUGGGUUCCCGAUGCCAACCUCCAGAUCGAGUCUGCCUUGACCAAGAGGCCGGCCAAGCUGACGACCGGCCAGCGCAUCUUGAAGGCAGCAUCGGCGGCUCGAAGAGUCGGGAUCAGGAAGUCGUUCGCGGUCCUGUGCAUUGAGCAGGAGGUCCUUUGUGAUGACGAGGAGGCAGCGAAGGUCACAGUUCGGCAUGAUGCUGGAUGCAGGCACCUCCUCUCCGUCUGCAAGGGGGUGGGAAAGGCCACGCUGAUGGCCGACCGCCUUGAGGAAGAAGCUCUCGAUUCUAUCCGGGCCUGCAUGGCCAGAAUCGUACAGGCGGCGGACGGGGAGUCCAUCGUCGGCAUCACAGUCGAUGUCGGCUACCUUUGGUUGAAGCAUCAGCGGAGCCUUCGCCAGCUGUUCCCGCAGUGCCUGGUGCUUGUAACACCGAUGGUUCAGCUACCCCUCAUCAGAACAUGCUUCUCUUCAAGGGGGAAGACCUUGCUGGUCACAUGGGAAGAUGCAAAGGCCCCCAGGGCUGACGUGCAGAAAGCCAGGGAAGUCUGCGAAGUCCUUUGCCUCAGCACAGAGGAUGAGAAGUGGUCGAGCUGGCUAUGGGGAGGGGCUGCUCCUCUUGAGGGAACCUUGACGCUGGAGCUUGCGGCCUUGGUUCAGCAGCGAGUCCUGAGCCUGUCAUCGCAGGGCACCGUCAUUGACAGCAUCCUGCUCGAUACGGCUUUGAGCAUGUUCACCAGCAGUCUUCGGGAGACCACCGGGCUGCCAGUCUUUGACGACGCCUCCAUGAAGAGCUUCUUCAGCUCGGCAUCUUCACUCAACCACUUCAGUGAGGCAUGCGUUCUGGGACGCCUGGAGGCCAAGCUGCAGAAGCUCAAGUCAGAUGAGGCCGGCUGCCAGCCCCCCCUUGGCAAUCUCGGACUCGUGCGGCUGGACUCCUACGAGUAUCCGCCAGCUGUUGGUGAUGCAGACCACGCAAGCACGUUUAGCUUUCAGACAUCUUCGAGAGUUGCACGCGGGCUUUGCUUUGAGAACGCGCAGCAAGCCUCGCAAUCACCAGCUGUGCUGGAGAACUUGAAGAGCGCGGCAGAUGAGUUGGAGUCGCAAGAGUGCUUUGCCAUAGCUGGGAACUGUGGCUUCAUGCAUUUUUACCAGGACUUGAUUCGGGACAUCGUCCAGGUGCCCGUGUUCAUGAGCGCCCUCGUGCAGGUGCCCACGAUGAUGGCGGCCUUGGAGCCGGAAGACAGGAUCCUGAUUCUGACUGCAAACGGGGCAUCCUUUCGCGCGGCACAAGACAGGCUCAUCCCAUCUGGCUGGUUCUCAUCGCCUGGCGAUUCUGAUCGGAUCGUCGUGCGAGGCUGCGAGGCCGUGCCAGGCUUUGAGGCCGUGGCGAAUGUGGAGCAAGUGGACACAAGGAAGGUGCAGAUCCACCUCAGCAACUAUGUGAAGCAGAUAUUGGCGGAAGAGGGGACAACACGCCCUGUUAAGCUGAUCCUGUUGGAGUGCACCGAAUUGCCCCACUAUGCUGCCGAGCUGCGACGAGUCAGCGGCCUGCCGGUUUUCGACUUUGUCACCUGCGCCGAGUUUUUUUGCCAAGGUGAUACCAGUAAGAAGGCUUCGUCGGUGACAGAGGAGGAUGCCACCACGCGGCUGGAGAUCUACCGGGAUGAGGUUCAGAAGAUCGGGAAGUCAAGGAAGAUGCCGGCGCAGACUCUCGCGGAUGGCAGCAUCUACGAAGGAGAGUGGGUCGGCCCCGUCAGGCACGGCAGAGGCGUCUUGACACUGCCAGACGGCUCGAGCUAUGCGGGCCAGUUCGAGCAUGGUGUCGUCCAUGGUUUUGCGACAUACACCUUGCCCACUGGCGCCAAGUACGAGGGUGAGUGGCGUCUGGGGAAGCAGGACGGAGAAGGCCGGGAGAUCACAGCCGAGGGCGCCAUCUACCAAGGCCAGUACAAAGAUGACAAGAAGGAAGGGGAUGCGUCCAUCUCUUAUCCGGACGGGUCCACGUACGAAGGGAAGGUUUCCGACGGCAAGCUUCAUGGCACGGGCAAGUACGUGUGGAGCAAUGGCCAUUCCUACGAAGGCGAGUGGGAAGAUGAUGAGAUGCACGGUGAGGGCGUCUACACGUGGCCAACGGGUGUGAAGUUCAUUGGGCAAUAUCAGCACAACUUGAAGCACGGUACAGGAGUUGUACACUUUCCCGACGGCCGGACUGUGGAGGGUACGUACGAGGCAGGCACGCGGCAAAGCACCAGCGGCUACUGA